UUCAGGGUUCAAACCAACAACAGUCAGAGUCACGUUUAACCAAGAGGAAACCAAACAGCUUGAGUAAAACACGUUCAUUUUGACAGUAAAGGAACAGUGUGGAGGUGUGACAUGCACGAGGCCUGAGGAUAGUGUGUCUCUAGUGGGAGUGGCAUCUGUGAAUCUGCACUGGAUGCCCUUCAAAAAGCAUUUCCACUGACCAGCUCAGCCCCACUCAGCCAGGAAAGUUGAGCACAGCGGAGCACAGCAAGACCCCCUCCAAGCAUCAUGGGACUCACACAGGACCCCAACUUUCAAAAACUGCAGGACUGGUACACAGCCCAUGCCCUGAACCUCAAUAUGAGGCACAUGUUUGAGUCUGAUAAGGAGAGAUUCAACAAGCUCAGUUUGUCACUGAAAACAGAGGAUGGAGAUAUUCUUCUGGAUUACUCCAAGAAUCUCAUCACUGAUGAAGUCAUGAAGAUGUUGGUGGACCUGGGGAAGUCCAGAGGCCUUGAAGCCGCCAGAGAGAAAAUGUUCAAUGGAGACAAGAUCAACUUCACUGAGGGUCGUGCUGUGCUCCAUGUGGCUUUGAGGAACCGCUCCAACACUCCAAUCAUGGUGGAUGGUAAGGACGUGAUGCCAGACGUCAACAAAGUGCUCGAGAAGAUGAAGGGCUUCUGUCAUAGAGUUCGCAGCGGUGAGUGGAAAGGCUUCACAGGAAAGACAAUCACAGAUGUUGUCAAUAUCGGCAUUGGAGGAUCUGACCUUGGUCCCCUGAUGGUGACAGAAGCCCUGAAGCCUUACUCAAAAGAUGGACCGCGUGUCUGGUUUGUGUCAAAUAUUGAUGGAACACACAUCGUCAAAACCCUGGCACAGCUGAAUGCUGAGACAACCCUCUUCAUCAUUGCAUCCAAGACAUUCACCACCCAAGAGACCAUAACCAAUGCUGAGUCGGCCAAAGAAUGGUUCCUUGAACAUGCCAAGGAUAAAGCUGCUGUUGCAAAACACUUUGUGGCUCUCUCCACAAAUGGACCCAAAGUGAAGGACUUCGGCAUUGACACAGAGAACAUGUUUGAGUUCUGGGAUUGGGUUGGCGGCCGUUUCUCCUUGUGGUCUGCAAUUGGAAUGUCUAUUGCCCUUCACAUUGGAUUUGACAACUUUGAAAAGCUUCUCUCAGGAGCUCACUGGAUGGAUAACCACUUCCGCACAGCUCCUCUGGACAAGAACGCUCCGGUCCUGCUGGCUCUGCUGGGCAUCUGGUACAUCAACUUCUUCCAUGCUGAGACUCACGCCAUGCUGCCCUAUGACCAGUACAUGCACCGCUUCACCGCCUACUUCCAACAGGGUGACAUGGAGUCAAAUGGAAAGUAUAUCACUAACCAUGGAGGACGUGUUAACUAUCACACUGGGCCAAUAGUGUGGGGAGAGCCUGGAACUAACGGACAGCAUGCAUUCUACCAGCUCAUCCACCAAGGAACACGUAUGGUGCCCUCAGACUUCCUGAUCCCAGCUCAGUCACAGCAUCCAAUCAGAGACAGCCUGCACCAUAAGAUCCUGUUGGCUAACUUCCUGGCCCAGACUGAAGCUCUGAUGAAGGGUAAGACCACAGAGGAGGCCAGGAAGGAGCUGGAGGCCAGUGGUCUGAGUGGAGAAGCUCUGGACAAAAUCCUGCCGCACAAAGUAUUCCAAGGAAACAGGCCAACUAACUCAAUCAUCUUCAAGAAACUGACCCCACACACACUGGGAGCACUUAUAGCCAUGUAUGAACACAAGAUCUUCAUCCAGGGUGUGAUGUGGGAGAUCAACAGUUUUGACCAGUGGGGAGUGGAGCUGGGCAAACAGCUCGCCAAGAAGAUCGAGCCUGAGCUCAAGGACACCACAGAGGUCCACUCCCACGACUCCUCCACCAACGGACUCAUCAACUUCCUCAAGAAAAACUUUGCUUAAGUCGAACUCCAGCCCCUCCCCCAUCUCUUGACCCCACUUUACUCCACAUCAUCAUCCAUCUCACCAGCUCCUGCGCUGCAUGGACAGGAGACGCUCAGAGGCAGCUGGUCUCUCCCACACAGUUGAGCUAAAGCACUCUUUAUUUUUCUCUCUCAUUAUGGAUAUCGUGCCCGUUUACUGUGCCGUCCUUUUAAUGUUUGUUUGUCACUGUGAGGGGAAAACCUUUUUGUAUAAGCGUGUUGUGGAAGGCAGAGUCAAAUAUGCUUCCUCUGCCUCCUCAGUGUCUAAAAAGACAGAGUCACUGGAAUAAAUAUCUUAUAA